AUGAGUAAAGUCCAAGAGCGUCUUGCGAUCCUCAGCCUUAAUAUCUUUUGUCGACCUGAAGGUAUUCACAGUGGUGAAUGGUUCAAGUCUGGUGACCAUAAAGAUCUACGGCUGACGCUAUUACUGCGUAAAAUGGUUGAGUUUGACGUGGUGAUUCUUCAAGAAAUGUUUGAAGUAGGUCCAAGACAGAAACGCUUUGUGCGCGACGCUUACGCUAUGGGUUUUCGUUAUCAUUGUGGCUCAGUGUGGCCACAACUGUUGGAUACUCGUUUAAUUGAUGGAGGACUGCUGAUCCUUAGUCGCUAUCCGAUCGUAGAACGUGAUCAACUUGCGUAUUCACAAGGCUCGGGUAGUGAUGGAGUCUGUGCCAAAGGCGUUCUCUAUGCUCGUAUCCAGCUAUCACCGGACUUGUCAGAGUCACUGCAUGUGUUUACUACACACACUCAAGCAGGUGAUGAUCGCAAGGAGUACACCAUUCGUCUUGCCCAACUGCAGGAGAUGCACCAAUUCAUUGCCAAAACGAUUCAAGACGAUCCUGGAAUGCCUAUUCUCAUCAUGGGCGACUUUAACCUCGAUGCACGGCAUAAUCUCGUGCAUGACACAGAAACUGGUGCAGCAAUAUCAACGCGUUGUUUGAAAAGUGAUGUGUACCGACAACUUGUGGCAAAUCUUGAGCGUGUUGUGCACGAGGCAAGAUUGCAAGUUGCGUUGCAGACGGGGAAAGCUGUUGAUGAGGACACUAGAGCCGAAUCAUUGAUCGCUGACCUCAUGAAGCAAUAUGACACGACGAAGCUAGGCAAUGAAAUCCACCCGAUCACGAAUGGUGAUGGCCACUCUUUACUUGUGCACAAGGGAGACCCACUGUCACUAGAGAAGGAUGGCAAGUGUAUUGACUACAUGUUCUUCGUUCCGGGAGACAGCGGCCAGAUAGCAGAGGCGGCCUCUGCAACCCGUGGCACCACUACCAGCAGCAACAUUAUCAAAGAGGGCGACGAAGACAGCGUAAGAUGCGAGUCCACUGUAUCGCCACACUUCCGAUUGACACCAGUGCGCGAGGGCACGACGAUAGACCAUUGCUCCGUCAAAGAACUUGUGGAUGACAGAAAAUCCGAGGACUGUGCCAAAGAAAGCGACCAUCUUUGUCAUCUCAAGCACGAGUUACCGAUCACACACCUGUCCGACCACUACGGUCUGCGAGCCCUAUUUUCUUUAGAACUCCCACGUUUGAAGCGUCCGGAUGGUCGACCAAUUGGGAAAAACGAGUCGCUUUCCUCGGUUUUGCAGCUUUACUUUCCACCGCAAGCCUUUGCACAACGCUCUCAACACCUAUGGAAGUGGAAGCUUGCAUUGUUGCUGCUCGCAAUUGUUGCUGCUGCAGGAGGCGUCAUUCUCGUUGUUGUCCGUACCAUGCUGAAGCUUGUAUUCAGCUAA